GCGAAUCGGUCAAUACUAGGCGCUAUGGAACAAGCACGGAAAAUAGAACAGGACUGCGACACAUUUGUGCGCGUUUUUAUGGCUUCCUCCCUCCCUCAACUUCGCUACAUGUUCUGUAGGGCUGGACUGACAGCACAGGAGGUAAAUCGUCGGGUCGCUUCUUGCCAAGCUAUGGUAUUGGAUAGUCUCUGGCACUGGGCACAGCAAGACAGAAAUGUCAACCUUCUGAACAUAGGAUUCUUCCGACAAAGCCCUCCUCACGUACGUGCACACAUAGCAAUGCAGCGUUUCAAACAACCCCAUCCACAGCCACCUAUGACCAUCUUACUCGAUCAGAUUCGUCUUCUGUGCCAUCGUGACCAGGAGGUUCUUGAGUUUGUGAGAGACUUGAACUUCCAGAUGAGCUACAGCCGAAACUGCCUUGGUCACUUGACUCACAUCAGAAGUAACUCCUUCAGCUGUGCAGCACUGUGUCGGGUACAAGGGCUAUGUACAAUCAGGGGACAGCGGGCCGUUAAUAUCGUGACCUGGGGCGGAAGCGUGCCCCUACCGCGGCAUUUGAAAGAGGAGUACAUCAACUACGCUUCAAGGUACAUUUGGCACCCGCUGGUUGGCUUGCAAGUGCUUCUGAACGGGGAACGUUCGCCAUCGGGGCAGAUGGUUCAAGUGGUUCCCGCCAAUGCACCUUUCAUGUUACUUUGUUCGACCUACACGUUCAAUCAGCACCACGAUGGCAGAGUGGUGGAGGUGUACCCGUGCAGUUAUUGUAGGGCAAUGUUUCCCUCUACGCGUUCUCCAAAAGGCUACGUACAUUAUACUUUGUACAAAAGUAGCGAGACUGGCGAAAGUGACAGCUACAACCGUUUUUCAAAGGGUAAUUGUGCCGAAUGUGCAGCGUUCAGUGCGAUGUUUCACGUCACUAAGCAAACCUGUAGAAUUGUUGGUGCGGAUCCAAGAGUAACCGUACAGAGGUUAGGAGUCGGUCAACUAUCGGUACCACUUACACUGUGCUGACAUGAAAGCGUU